AUGAAACUCCUCUUUCAAGCUCUUCUGUUGGGUUUUUUCGUUGCGGCAUUUGCAAACUCAAAUCAGACGACGAAGCCCGCGAAGACUGACGGAGGUACAAUGAAAGGUUCGCACUGUAAUGUGAAUAAUAACUACAACACCUUCCAGGCUGGUGCAAACUGCAAGAAAAUCGAAAGCAUGUUUUCUGACGUGAAACAAAAGUUGGCCGAACUUAAAGAAGAAAUCAAAGAAAUGAAAGGAAACCAAACUGGGAAUCCGUCCGAAAAAGGUACUGCGGGUGAUUCCCUCAGUUAUCAUCGAGGCCUUCCAUUUACCACCAAAGAUCGUGAUAAUGAUGCCAGCUCGAGCAGUUGUGCCUCUUCGUAUAAAGGUGCUUGGUGGUACAACAACUGCCAUUGGUCAAACCUCAAUGGCUUAUACCUUAAUGGUAAGGUGGAUUCUAAAGGAAUGUCGUGGUAUCACUGGAAGAAUUCCCACUACUCUGUCAAGAGAUCUGAGAUGAAGAUUCGUCCAAAGGACUUCUAA